AAGUGGGAGUGGUCAGUUCGGGGCUAUAUGUGUGAUGUUACUUUCUGUUUCCUCUACUCUGUGGAGUUGUUGAGGUGGUGCAAGAUGAGAUUGUGUGUUCUGUUCAUGUUUGUGGUCGUGCUGGGAGUGUAUGUGGAACACACAGACACAAACCCCGAUGUCUGUUCAACACUCACUGUUUCCCAUAAGUCCCUGCUGGUGGAGUACGGAGAACUUGUUGAACUCACCUGCUCCAUAUCAUCCAAACCUUCAUCAGAGUUCAUUCUGGGCUGGGAGUCUCAGAUUAAUCCUGUCCAAACAGGCAGUGAGACCAGUUUGGUGUGGAGGGCGUCCAGUCUGACACAGUGGGAGAUGAACAGAAGAGAGAUGUUCUGUUACUUGUCAGUGCCGAGUACAGAACAAUGUAAACAGAAGGUCCAUCUGAACCUUUACAAGCGUCCAGACAGUGUGAAGAUCAGCUCUGAGUCCAUUGUGUGGUCAGAAGGUCAGAUGAUGAAGCUGAAGUGUGAGAUUGAGAAUGUGGGUCCAUUACAGAACCUUACUGUGCAGUGGACCAGAGUGGACCAGAACAACAACAUGACUGAAAUGCCGUAUGGAAGUUUCAGAGCUUCUGGAGAGGAGAGGAAGAACGGGAAUGUGACGUCCACACUGACUGUCUCGGCCAGCCGUGAUGAAGAUGAAGUCCAGUAUCAGUGUGCAGCUCUACUGAAGCUGGAUCAGCUCCAACCACAAGUGAGAUCAUCAGAACGUCUGAAGCUCACAGUGCACUACAAACCCACCAUCACACAACUUUCCAGUGGUACUAUAUCGCUAACUCAGGGUGAUGAGCUGGUUCUGAACUGUUCAGCUCAUGGUAACCCCAGUCCUCAGUAUUUCUGGAACUUACCUGGAAACAAGAACCUCACAACCUCCUUCAUCUUCAUCAACAGUGUCAAGUCAGAUGAUCAGGGUCAGUACAUCUGCACUGCCUACAACGAUGAAGGCUCUGAUUCACUGACUGUGGUGGUUCACGUUGCAGUGGACUACAAGCUGAUCAUCAUUGCUGUCUGUGCUGUGGUUGGCGUGGUUGGCUUGCUGAUUCUUUCCUGGUGGUACUGUUACCGAUGCACCUGCAGUGCCACUGUAUCCAGAAGAACCUGACAUCAUAUACACACAAUGCCAACGUGGUCCACAGAGACGAUGCUAAUGAUGCUAAUCUACUCUUGAACAGAAUCUCAUAUCAACAUGGAGUUUUUACUCAUGGUUUUAUUUUAAUUUCACAAUUUUAACAACAAUGCAAAACAUUCAGAAUCUUGUAGAAUCCAUGCACAGUAAUAUUCAUGAGGCAGUGGAGGCCAAAGGAGGCACAUCAGAAUCAGGAUGAGGAUCAGAAUACUGUAUUGAUCCCAGAGGGAAACUGCAGUUGUUACAGUUGCAACCAUUUAUGUAAAAGAAUAAACACUUUAAUCGUUUAAAACAAAAAAGAGAAAUUUGCAGUAUGUACACAAGAUUUAAAUACAGUGAAGUGACUGUAAUCAUAAAUAUGAAACAUGCUGUGUAAAGUAGUUCAAAUUAUUGUACCUCUGAGUUGUUGCACACACAGUUAUUAU